AUGUCUCUCGUGAACUUGGCAAAUGUUUGUGCGCAUUUGAAGAAUUGCACCAUGGUCAAACAUGGUGUUGCCAAAAUCCCUCUUAGCAGAUUACAUUUGAAUCUUUCAUUUCAUCUUUAUAAACAGGGGUUCAUUUCUGCCAUUCAGAAAGGUUCGGAUAUAUCACCAGAUGAUCCAAAUUCCCCAGUUGAUAUAACGCCAGACAACAUAUCAAGCAGAAAGUUAUGGUUGAGUUUAAAAUACAGAGACAAUCAACCAGUUUUAAGUCAUAUAUCGUUAGUCUCCAAACCAAAUUUGAAAAUUAAAUUGAGUCCUACUGAAAUUAAAGCUUUGGCUUCCGGUCUUUAUGUCAGAAAGAUCAAGCCUCUUCAGCCAGCUGAAACCAUAUUGGUGAAAGCAGAUGACAAUGAAAUUCUUGACUUGCAACAGGUAGCAGCAAAGAAUUUAGGUGGUAUGCCACUUUGCAGAUUCAGAUAA